AUGAGCCCAGAGACCCUGAACGUGUGCCAGUACAACAUUCAGUACUCAACGUUCAGACAGGGCACAGGAGCCAUUGUUGACCGCGACUCAAAGGCCUUAAAAGAUGGAUGGGUAACCCAAGUCCAGUGCUUUGGGAAUAGGACCGGAAAGUGGAGGCUAGAAGGUCACAGUUUCAGAUCCCCAGUCAGAUGACUCCUCUUGGUGUCUGAGGCACGCGGCCUUUAUUGUUCUAUGCAAGUUGAGAACGGUGCAAAAUCCCCAAAUGUGUUUGCACGUUACUCAGUGGGAUUUCUCAUAGUAUGAUUCAGAGCUGGAGAUCAAACAGCAUUAGUUCUCUUUUCAAGUAGGUUUAGCAUUCGAUUGAGCCUGCCUGGAGUGCCAGAUGUGCAGGGUUUGCACAUUUGGGACUAUUCCAUUGGUUGGUCCUAACCCUGGUCCACUGGGUGUGCAGGCUUUUGUUCCAGACCGGGAUAAGGAGCAAUGUGCAGGCCUACAUCCCCAAUGAAAGAGCGACCCUAUCUAAUCCAAUGAUUUCGGGGUGGAACUAAUUACCCUAUGAAGGGCGUUUCCCCGGAGGGGGAGGUUUCCAAGGACACCGGUGUAUCCGGGGCUUGGCCCACACAGUCCUGUUGGGCCACUCCAUGGUUCCAAUGACUGCUCCUAUAGCUGCUGUUCUACUGUCAUUAAGUUCCCCACACGUCCAUACUGACGUUAGCUCUGGUUAGCUCUGGACCUUAGACAAACACAGCCAUCUGAAUCCAGUUAGCGAGAGUGGCUUUGCAGGCUAGUGGAGCCAUCCAAGUGCCGGUAGGAAACUUUAACUCAUGUGUGGUCAUUCCACUUGCUUCGGUCUUUAGAACCAAAUGACGGAAUUAUUGACACAGAUGUGCAGGUUUAUGAGUCAGUGGGUUGAGGGAUGGUAAUGGUUGUUAAAUGACAAUUUGAUAAUGAUAGUGAUUGACUAGUACUUGUACUAAUGAGACUUCUUUAUCUAUAGUUGUAAGCCCUUUAACUUUUUUUGUGCCUGCACAGAAACUGACUUUGUAUCUACAAACUGCUUCUCGGACCAUCAAGAUGUAUCCAAAACAACAUCCUUUUUUUAUUUAUUAAAUGGUGGCAUUGAUUUUAUAUUAGAUUUUCUUACUAGACACAAUUUUCCACAUGCAGGAAACUUAUGUUUGGGGCAAACAAAUGUGGCAUUGAGUGCCUUCUUAAGGCUGCUGUGCGCGUACGUGUGUGUGUGUGUGUGUGUGUGUGUGUGUGUGUGUGUGUGUGUGUGUGUGUGUGUGUGUGUGUGUGUGUGUGUGUGUGUGUGUGUGUGUGUGUGUGUGUGUGUUACCCUGCAAACCUAGGGCACAGGGACUCUCACUGGGUCGGGUCAUAUUAGGCUUUGUCAGCUUGGGUCAGUAUUGCAUUGUGCUCUAACGUUGCAAUCUGUUGUAUCUCUUUGCUUUAAAUCAACCAAACCUCAAAUCCAGUUUCACUGUGAGAUGAGAAUGAGCAGAUCGAGAGAGGGAAAGAUACACCACAUGACCAAGAAUAUGUGGACACCUGCUCAUCGAACAUCUCAUUCCAAAACCAUGGGCAUUAAUAUGGAGUUGGUCCCCCCUUUGCUGCUAUAACAGCCUCCAUUCUUCUGGGAAGGCUUUCCACUAGAUGUUGGAACAUUGCUGCGGGGGACUUGCUUCCAUUCAGCCACGAGCGUUAGUGAGGACGGGCACUGAUGUUGGGCGAUUAGGCCUGGCUCGCAGUCGGCGUUCCAAUUCAUCCCAAAGGAGUUCGAUGGGGUUGAGGUCAGGGCUCUGUGCAGGCCAGUCAAGUUCUUCCACACCGAUCUCUACAAACCAUUUCUGUAUGGACCUCGCUUUGUGAACGGGGGCAUUGUCAUGCUGAAACAGGAAAGGGCCUUCCCCAAACUGUUGCCACAAAGUUGGAAGCACAGAAUCGUCUAGAAUGUCAUUGUAUGCUGUAGCGUUAAGAUUUCCCUUCACUGGAUCUAAGGGGCCUAGCCCGAACCAUGAAAAACAGCCCCAGAAAAGUAUUCCUUCUCCACCAAACUUUAUAGUUGGCACCAGAGCAUAUGAGCGGAGUGGAGCGGGAGCGAGCUUGGAGCGUGAGCGGACGGAUUUUGAAGAUUUUGAAAAUGCGCAGAGCGGCAUUUUUAAAAGGACGGAGCGUCGCCCUAUGUCCCGCUCCAAUUUCGCUCGCUCACACCACGAGUCUGAAGCAUGCUCAAGCCUGACCCAGAAUCCAUCUGUUUAAUUUAAUUUGUGUCGUCCAUGAAUUUGUAUUUUAUAGAGCGAGAGGAGCAGCAGCAGCAACAAGAGAAAAGGGUUGAGGAAUUCAAAAGUUUAUUCACUGCACGCAAAGGCCCAACCAUAACAAGGGAGAGAAAAAGAGAGCUGGAUGUAGCAUUUUUUGAAAUGAUUUUCAUGGACUAUGAACCGCUGAGUAAAGGAGAACGCGAAGGGAUGCAACACUUCGCCAGCGCAGCUCAACCGGGCUACACCCCCCCAAGAAACUAUGAUAAAUCAGUACUUUACUUUGUCAAAUUUACAUCUGAGAUGCCCCAUUCACAUGCUUCAGCUGGCGAUCAAAAACGCCUUUAACAAGUACGACAACAUUAAUAGGCUGUUAGUGAAAGUCGGGCACCUGGUGAAAAGUGUACGCAAGAGCACAGAGGAAACCGACCAAUUAGGUGUCCGCCCCACAAAUGCCUGCGCCAUUCGAUGGAGCAGCCAGCUGCGGAUGAUUCAGUCAUUCAGCCGGUUGUUCCAAAAAGACCCGUUAUGGCAAAACAAACUCAAGUCUAAUGUUGCUAACAUCACCCUGAAUCAAGUACGGCAGCUGACGCACCUUGUCAGUGUGCUGACACCACUGGCAGACCUCACAGACAAAAUGCAGAAGGAGCUGGGGAACCUGGGGAUGAUCCUCCCUGCUGUCACAGAAAUCAAAUCCCUGCUCACCGAUGACACUCACGCUGCACUUCCAAUGGGCAUCGCUGCUUUUGCAGAAACAUUGGCAAACAACGUGUCAAUUCGCUAUGGAAUAUACUAUACUGAUUAACAUCUCAUUUUAGCGUCAGUGUUAGAUCCCCGUUUCAAGACAGAAUGGAUAAUCCGAGAUGAGUCUGUAUGCAACAAAUUCGGGGAGAUAAAGUAAGGCUGUGGUUUAAGCUAAAAGUGAAAUACAUGCAGAUUUUGUUCCUUUUUUGGAGUGAGCGGGGGACGAUUUGAGUGGAGCGCGAUGCAAACUGCGUUGAGCGCUGAGCGAUAAUGAGCGGACUGGCCUGAUGUGGCUUUGAGCGGGGGGAGCGGAGGGGUGAACAGCUCCGUGAGUGAGGAGCUGAGAUUCUCACCGCUCCACUCCGCUCAUAUGCUCUGGUUGGCACUAUGCAUUGGGGCAGGUAGCGUUCUCCUGGCAUCCACCAAACACAGAUUCGUCCGUUGGACUGCCAGAUGGUGAAGCGUGAUUCAUCACUCCAGAGAACGCGUUUCCACUGCUCCAGAGUCCAAUGGCGACGAGCUUUAUACCACUCCAGUCGACGCUUAGCAUUGCUCAUGGUGAUCUUAGGCUUGUGUGCAGCUGCUCGGCCAUGGAAACCCAUUUCAUGAAGCUCCCGACAAACAGUUAUUGUGCUGACGUUGCUUCCAGAGACAGUUUGGAACUCGGUAGUGAGUGUUGCAACCGAGGACAGACGAUUUUUAUGCGCUUCAGCACUCGGCGCUCCCGUUCUGUGAGAUGUCAUUUCGCGGCUGAGCCGUUGUUGCUCCUAGACGUUUCCACUUCACAAAAACAGCACUUACAGUUGACCGGGGCAGCUCUAGCAGGGCAGAAACUUGAGGAACUGGGAAGGUGACAUCCUAUAACUGUGCCAAGUUGAAAGUCACUGAGCUCUUCAAUAAGGUCAUUCUACUGCCAGUGUUUGUCUAUGAAGAUUGCAUGGCUGUGUGCUCGAUUUUAUACACCUGUCAGCAACAGGUGUGGCUGAAAUAGCCGAAUCCACUCAUUUGAAGGAGUGUCCACAUACGUUUGCAUAUAUGGUGUACAUUCAUGGCAUCUUUUCUCUGACGUUGAAAGUAUAAAGCUCCAUAUCUUUGCUUUAAAACGAAACCUCAAUGCAUAUAGAAAGGAAAAUGAGGCGAAGUAUAUAUUUUAUUUAACCAGCGAACGUCACACUGCGAGUGAUUAUCUCUUUUUCAAGUGAGCCCUGGAUGGGACCUUGCAAAAUGUACACAAAAUGUAAUCUUUUAUGUUUCACUUACCUCCCUAAUAGUCUACAAUACAGUGCAUCAGUAGGUAUUCUGUAAUGAGGGACUUUACCUACAUUACAGGUCUAUGUGUUGAGUCUAGGUAGGUUUGGUGUGUUGAGUCUAGGUAGGUGUGGUGUGUUGAGUCUAGGUAGGUGUGGUGUGUUGAGUCUAGGUAGGUGUGGUGUGGUGUGUUGAGUCUAGGUAGGUGUGGUGUGUUGAGUCUAGGUAGGUAGGUGUGGUGUGGUGUGGUGUGUUGAGUCUAGGUAGGUAGGUGUGGUGUGGUGUGGUGUGUUGAGUCUAGGUAGGUGUGGUGUGUUGAGUCUAGGUAGGUAGGUGUGGUGUGGUGUGGUGUGUUGAGUCUAGGUAGGUAGGUGUGGUGUGGUGUGGUGUGUUGAGUCUAGGUAGGUGUGGUGUGUUGAGUCUAGGUAGGUAGGUGUGGUGUGUUGAGUCUAGGUAGGUAGGUGUGGUGUGUUGAGUCUAGGUAGGUAGGUGUGGUGUGUUGAGUCUAGGUAGGUAGGUGUGGUGUGUUGAGUCUAGGUAGGUGUGGUGUGUCUGUGGACCAGUGCCAGAGGCAUUGUCAGGAGGCUGAGGUCUUACCAGGAAAUGAUCACCAAAGGAGGAAGAGGGAGGGAGGGGUGGCAACAGGCAUGGGGCUACAUUAUGAUUGAGUGAGGACUUGUUUAGCUUAGUCUCUGUGUGGGCCGGCCAGUUAGUCAGCCACCCAGCCAGCCAGUCAGUCAGUCAGUCAGCCACCCAGCCAGUCAGUCAGGUUUUAUCGCUUUGCGUUUCCUGACUAUCGCCAGAAGAGAAUAGAUUUGAAUACAGAGAGGAAGCAGACACGGACAGAUAAACAGAGACACGCUCACAUAUUUGAGAGAAGUUUGGGCAAGUUUAUAUCGUACGUGUGGCAUUGCCUUUGCAAGAAUGGGGUUAUGCUGUUCUGAGACGAAGGAGAAAACUUUGGGGAUGCUCACGCACUGGAAACAGGUGAGUUUGUGCACAACUUGUUUUGCUAGAGUGAGUCUCUACUCUCAUUCCAGUUGAAUGAGGAAAGGGCUUUACUUAAAACAACUUGUCCGAAUGUAGGGACUUGUGCAUAGUCAGAUGGUAUGAAUGGAUGUGGGUCAUAUACUUGCGCUGGCAUUUUAAUUAAUUUACUAAAAACGUUCACUUCACUUUAAACGUUGGUCUUUUGAAGUCCAUUCAAGUACAAUAGUUUGUCUGUUGGCUUGGAUUUUUAUAUUCAUGGAUAAUAUUGUAAUAAAUUGCAUAAUAACAGAUUAUAUCUUCUAUUAAACACCAAAUAACUUGUCAGUGGUUUGGGAUUAGGCUACGUCCAGGGAUUUAGUUUCUGCGUUUCCUAUUUUGUGUCUUUAUUCUAGAGAUGAGGGUCAGUCAGUCACACAACCAGGGUCAGUAGGAACAUCCAUCUGAUAUUGUGUUUCAAACUUGAAAAAACGUGUUCACCAGUUGAUAAUAAGACAAGUAAUUGAUUUGGAUGUUUAUAGCGCUUUUGCAGACGCUCAAAGUGCAAUAGCCUACAAUGUAAGGGGGAAACUAUCAAUAUGCGUUCAUGCAGACAACAUAAUGUAGGGGUUAUCUAAAAAGAAUACAUUGACAUUAUUGCAACAAUGAGCCUGUUAAAAGCUCUGAGUUUUUUUUUAUAGCCUGCAGUGGCACACAACUUAUCACUGCCUACUGUGAAUACUUUGAAUAAUGCACUUGUGGAGUAUUCAGUGUUAUGACAUAUACAGUAUGUUCACAUAACACUGGGGUACUAUUCAGAACUCAUUCACCGCACAAAUGUACACUCAAUUUCGGAAGCUCCAAACAACAACGUUUUGUUUCGAGUGUGUGUCACAAGAGUGUGUUUCCCCCAGUCCAACACAACAGGAUGUGUGAGUGAUGGCGCACGUUGAGUAGUGUGUCCUACCGAACACACUCAUGUUCCUGUCGUCCUGCCUCGACGCAUAGUACACGGAUGUCAGUAUGACUACCGUAUGGUGCCUGCAUACGUCUGUAUGACUACGGGGGGAAACACAGAAGACAUAGGUCACAGAGGUCACGAUGCAGUACCUCGAUGCCUUCCGUAAAUAAUUAAUUACAAAUCCGCUUGAACGGAAUAUCCGUGUAGGAUUUCGAAGUUUCCAGUUGGGGAAGUUUCAUGGGGUUUCUUUGGAUUGAUACACUGUAUCUGGCAGUUGGGUUUGUAGAAUUGAGUGAGGCCAAAGUGUUGAUUUAUGAGACGCGGACGGGCUGCUUUUUUUUGCACUUUGAAAGCUGUGUUCAGGUUACAGUCGAGGGGAAAUAACAGACAGGUCUGUUCUUUCGGUAUGACGGCCGUUCAAUGCUAAAAGGGGUGCGCUUUUUAAAAACGUUUUUGCUAGAAACAACAACAACCUUUAAAUUCUGUAAAUAUUCUGUAAAUUAGCUGCAGGAUAUUUGAUUGGAUAUUUCUCAGAUUACCAUAUUACUUUUCAUAUUUGGAUUGAAAUGAAGUAAAGCCAUUUGAAAUAAACGUAUAAAGAUAACACACACAGAGAAGACACACGUAUACAGACACAAAUAUACAGACACAAAUAUACAGACACACGUAUACAGACACACGUAUACAGACACACGUAUACAGACACACGUAUACAGACACACGUAUACAGACACAAAUAUACAGACACAAAUAUACAGACACACGUAUACAGACACACGUAUACAGACACAAAUAUACAGACACACGUAUACAGACACAAAUAUACAGACACACGUAUACAGACACACGUAUACAGACACACGUAUACAGACACAAAUAUACAGACACACGUAUACAGACACAAAUAUACAGACACACGUAUACAGACACAAAUAUACAGACACACGUAUACAGACACACGUAUACAGACACAAAUAUACAGACACACGUAUACAGACACAAGUAUACAGACACAAAUAUCGCCAUUGAGAUGAUGCAGUGCCUGUGGCUAGAGGACCUGUAGUGGCUAGAGGACCUGCAGUGGCUAGAGGACCUGUAGUGGCUAGAGGACCUGUAGUGGCUAGAGGACCUGUAGUGGCUAGAGGACCUGUAGUGGCUAGAGGACCUGUAGUGGCUAGAGGACCUGUAGUGGCUAGAGGACCUGUAGUGGCUAGAGGACCUGUAGUGGCUAGAGGACCUGUAGUGGCUAGAGGACCUGCAGUGGCUAGAGGACCUGUAGUGGCUAGAGGACCUGCAGUGGCUAGAGGACCUGUAGUGGCUAGAGGACCUGCAGUGGCUAGAGGACCUGUAGUGGCUAGAGGACCUGCAGUGGCUAGAGGACCUGUAGUGGCUAGAGGACCUGUAGUGGCUAGAGGACCUGCAGUGGCUAGAGGACCUGUAGUGGCUAGAGGACCUGCAGAGGCUAGAGGACCUGCAGUGGCUAGAGGACCUGUAGUGGCUAGAGGACCUGUAGUGGCUAGAGGACCUGCAGAGGCUAGAGGACCUGCAGUGGCUAGAGGACCUGCAGUGGCUAGAGGACCUGUAGUGGCUAGAGGACCUGUAGUGGCUAGAGGACCUGCAGUGGCUAGAGGACCUGCAGGCUGGAGUCAAGACGAUGCGCAGCUGCAUCCCUUCACUCAGCUGAGUAAUGAAUGCGCUGCAGUGUGUGUGUGUGUGUGUAUGUGUGUGCGUGCGUGAUGCGUUUAGAGGGGAUACCUCCGUGAGAGCGCCUGUGAAGUGCACGUGAUUCUGUUGCCAUGGCGUUCAGGUUGUGGUGUAAUUGGUUGUUGCAGAUUUGGUAGUCCUGUGUUUUCUCCCUCUACCCACCCCUCCCUUUCCCUCUCGCUGUCUUUCUCUCCUUGUGUUGCAGUGUUUGUAGUGAAAAACAUCUGGUCUGGUAACUCCAUUAACAACACCCCAUACUUCUCAAUGGAUUAUAACAGUAAACAUUGAUGGCGCUAGACAUAUUAAGACAAAUUAAGACUGUGGUAGAUAGGAGGGCUGCAGCAAACUCAGUGCAUUGCAAACUCUGGAUUUGCUCUGCAUUACUGGGUUGGGGGGGGGUGUAAUCUCCAUGUUGAUGUCUGCAGUGUGUGUGGCUGUUGGGGACUAAAGUGAGAGGAGAGAGGGAAAGAGAAAGGGAGAGGAGGGGGUGUGAGGGAGGAGUGGGUGAGAGAGAGGAGGGGGUGAGAGAGAGAGGAGGGGGUGAGAGAGAGAGGAGGGGGUGAGAGAGAGAGAGGAGGGGGGUGAGAGAGAGGAGGGGGUGAGAGAGAGAGGAGGGGGUGAGAGAGAGAGAGGAGGGGGUGGGAGAGAGGAGGGGUGUGAGAGCGAGGGCUUAAGAGAGAGCGAGGGGGGUAGAGGGAGGAGGGUGAAAGAGAGCGUGAGAGAGUAGGAGGCAGCCUCCACCAGCCAGCCAGUUCUAGCCAGACACUGGGGAUCCCUCGCCACCACUGGAACCCCUGUCCUCCUCUUCCACCCCUCCUUCAAGCCACUAAGCAUCUCUGCCUCAUCUCAGUCUCACAGAGGAUGGAUGGAUGGAUGGAUAUAGCACUUGAAUCUUCUCUGCCACCCACUACCAUUGGCCCUCUGGAAUGGAUAGAGAUGUCAUAGAGAUAUAUCACUGGUAUCUCCUCUUUGACUGCCAUUUGUCUUUCACUUCAUCUGCCUGCAUAGAGAUAGACAGAGAUAUCUUGGUUAAAGGGGCGUACCUACAGUACCUAAGAGAUCCAGUUACUGUACCUCUACCUACAUUGCUGCAAGCUUCUUACCUACUGACGUACCUACAUACUGCUGUUCAGGAGAAGACCGUCUAUCACUAAUUGAAAUACAGUCACUAUCAAACUAGCCGUUGUGACUGAGGAGAUAUCACUGGGAGAUUGCAGAAAUGAUGAAGAGCGCUCGGAAGGGGGGUCUAGGCGCUCGUCUUGGAGGGGAUUAUCAUUGAUCUGUCACCUGUGUCUUCGUGAAGAGCCACCAAAGAGGCUAAAAGACCAAGAUACGAAGAGAGAGAAGAAAUGAAGGCAGGGCUGUUGGUUGUUGAGUAAAGACAGCCUUGGUUUAGUCUAUUCAGAAAGACAGCCAUACAACAGCCAAGUACAGCACCAUGCCUGAAGCCAACACCAUGCUCUGUGUCUCCUGGGGAUACAUCAAGGUGUGUUGGGGACUGGGGGUACAUCAGGGUGUGUUGGGGACUGGGGUACAUCAAGGUGUGUUGGGGACUGGGAUACAUCAGGGUGUGUUGGGGACUGGGAUACAUCAGGGUGUGUUGGGGACUGGGAUACAUCAAGGUGUGUUGGGGACUGGGGGUACAUCAAGGUGUGUUAGGGACUGGGGUACAUCAAGGUGUGUUGGGGACUGGGAUUAGAUCAAGGUGUGUUGGGGACUGGGGUACAUCAAGGUGUGUUGGGGACUGGGGAUACAUCAAGCUGUGUUUGGGGACUGGGGGGUACAUCAAGGUGUGUUGGGGACUGGGGGGUACAUCAAGGUGGUUUGGGGGACUGGGGGUACAUCAAGGUGUGUUUGGGGACGGGGGUACAUCAAGGUGUGUUAGGGACUGGGGUACAUCAAGGUGUGUUGGGGACUGGGGUACAUCAAGGUGGUUGGGGACUGGGGGUACAUCAGAGGUGUGGUUUAGGGACCUGGGUACAUCAAGGUAUUGUUGGGGUGUUCCAAGGUGUGUUGGGGACUGGGGGUACAUCAGGGUGUGUUAGGGACUGGGGUACAUCAAGGUGUGUUGGGGACUGGGGGUACAUCAGGGUGUGUUAGGGACUGGGGUACAUCAAGGUGUGUUGGGGACAGGGGGUACAUCAAGGUGUGUUGGGGACUGGGGGUACAUCAAGGUGUGUUAGGGACUGGGGGUACAUCAAGGUGUGUUAGGGACUGGGGUACAUCAAGGUGUGUUGGGGACUGGGAUUAGAUCAAGGUGUGUUGGGGACUGGGAUUAGAUCAAGGUGUGUUGGGGACUGGGAUUAGAUCAAGGUGUGUUGGGGACUGGGAUUAGAUCAAGGUGUGUUGGGGACUGGGAUUAGAUCAAGGUGUGUUGGGGACUGGGAUUAGAUCAAGGUGUGUUGGGGACUGGGAUUAGAUCAAGGUGUGUUGAGCCCAUAGCUGUCUGCUGCUUUCAUUGUAUGCCAGCAUGUAUUGCAUGCCAGGAUGAUCUGAACUGAAUCAAAGUUUGGUUGAAAAGCUACUGCAGUAGUUUGGUUGAAUUUGACCCUAUGCUGUAAAUAUUUAUCUAGAAAUUGUAGAUUUUUUAAACCAAAUAUCUCAAACCAGGUCUGUCAUAAAGCAUAUACCCUAUAAGGAGACACCAAAUCCUUAUAUGGUAUCAAACAAACAAGCCUAUUCCCUUGGGGUCCAAUACUCCACGUCAACGGAAAGUCCCAGGAAACUAUUUAUGCUACCCUGGGACAGCAAUUUCCUGUUGGUCUCCAUGGAGUAUACCUAAUGCGGUGUGGUGUAAUUUUGUGUUUCCCCUGUUCGAUAUCUUGCUGGUCUAUGUGCAUUAGACAUUCUUUAUAUACAGCUAAAAGUUGUCCUGUCAAUUUCUGUUACUCAGUUAAAUGUCUUGUUGGUCUACAUCAGCGUUUCCCAAACUCGGUCCUCGGGACCCCAAGGGGUGCACGUUUUGGGUUUUGCCCUAGCGCUACACAGCUGAUUCAAAUAAUCAAAGCUUGGAUGAGGACUGAGUUGGUCUACACACGCUGGUGUUGACCAACAAGACAUUGAACUGAGUAACAGAAAAAAACUUGCACCCCUUGGGGUCCCAAGGAACCGAGUUUAUGAAACACUGGUCUACAUGUCGUGUAUCUAACCUGGUGUUGUCGUCCUUUUCUGUUACUCCAAAUUCAAGAGGACACAGUUUACGCCACUACCCCGGGGCAGCCAUUUCCUAUUGGUUUUCAAACAGUCUAUCUAAUAAUAUAGCAAUAUAUGCCAUUUAGCAAACGCUUUUAACCAAAGUGUCUUAGUCAUGCAUGCAUACAUUUUACGUACGGGUAGGCCCGGGAAUCGAACCCACUAUUCUGGAUUUGCAAGCGCCAUGCUCUACCAACUGAGAUACAGAGUCUACAAGCAUUUCGCUACAUCCACAAUAACAUCUGCUAAACGUGUAUGUGACAAAUAAAAAUGGAUUUGAUUUGAUAUCUAAUGGCGAUCUAACAUGGUGUUGUUAUUUUGUGUCUCUACAGUUCAAGAGGAUGUUGAACCGGGAGCUGACACACCUGUCGGAGACGAGUCGCUCCGGCAACCAGGUGUCAGAGUUCAUCUCCAACACCUUCCUUGGUAAGUCAACACACACACACACACACACACAGUCACUUUUACAUACAGUACAAGUACACUUGAAACUAAAUAACCCAUGUCAUUUAUUACACUGUGCUGUUCCUCCUUGGCCCGAAUGGUGCUGUUUUGGGUAUUAUUGGCUUUUACACAGAAAGAAUGAGAAACAAGGAAUACAUGAUUACGCAGGAGGAGAAAAAGGAUAGAGGGACAGAGAGAGAGAAAGAGAUGCUGCGGAAUGGGGUACCAGUGUGGAGUUGCUCUGCACUAGUUUCAAACCAGUCUGAUCUAGUCUGCUGGUGCGUUCCCUCUGUCUCACUGCAGAGAGAGAGAAAGAGAGGGAGGGAGACCUUCUACCCUUCCGAGGGAUUCCGUCCCUCUGUCGUUCUGCAGAGAGACAAAGAGAACGAGAGAGAAAGAGUGUUUGUUAUGCGUCUGGUGAAACACGUUCCAUAACUCCCAGACGAUAAGCCAGCGCUAGCUGACAGCACCACUUCUCCACAGCUCAGAGGAAACGACUGCUCAGAGAAAACUGCGCAGUGCACCCACUUGUAAACAAGCCUCCAUCUUUCUGACAGAUGAAAAAGCAAAUGGAGAGAAAGCGAGAGAGAGAUGGUAGAUGGGAGGAAAGGAGGAAGAGAAGGAAAGACAUUGAUGAAGAGAUAUUUUUACCUUUAUUUAACCAGGUAAGCCAGUUGAGAACAAGUUCUCAUUUACAACUGCGACUUGGCCAAGAUAAAGCAAAGCAGUGCGAUAAAAACAACAACACAGAGUUACAUAAAGAGAGACCUAAGACAACAACAUAGCAUGGUAGCAACAACACAUGACAUCAACAUUGGAGCAACACAACAUGGCAGCAGCAAAACAUGGUAGCAGCACAAGACAUGGUACAAACAUUAUUGGGCACAGACAACAGCACAAAGGGCAAGAAGGUAGAGACAACAAUACAUCACGCGAAGCAGCCACCACUGUCAGUAAGAGUGUCCAUGAUUGAGUCUUUGAAUGAAGAGAUGGAGAUUAAACUGUCCAGUUUGAGUAUUUUUUUGCAGCUGGUUCCAGUCGCUAAUAUAGGGAAGCGGAAAGGUACCAGGUCCAGUUAUAUUUUAUUACAGAUGUCCACCAAUACAACACCAGAGCCAGAAACUCUACAUUUAAGAGUAUCUGAUAAGAUCACUUUUUUAUAUACUGGCGCUGUUGAGUGGAACAAAUAAUAAUAAUAAUAUGCCAUUUAGCAGACGCUUUUAUCCAAAGCGACUUACAGUCAUGUGUGCAUAAAUUUUUUGUGUAUGGGUGGUCCCGGGGAUCGAACCCACUACCCUGGCGUUACCAGCGCCAUGCUCUACCAAUUGAGCUACAGAGGACCACAAUAGCUUAAAGCUAUACUGCCCAUAACUUAAUUUAAUAAAGAAUGUCUAGCUGAUGAUUGAACAAUAGAACAAUUUCUAUGUCUGUAUCUAUACUGAACAAAAAUAUAAACACAACAUGUAAAGUGUUGGUCCCAUCUUUCAUGAGCUGAAGCUUAUUUCUCUCAAGUUUUGUGCACAAAUUAGUUUACAUCCCUGUUAGUGAGCAUUUCUCCUUUGCCAAGAUAAUCCAUCCAGCUGACAGGUGUGGCAUAUCAAGAAGCUGAUUAAACCGCAUGAUCAUUACACAGGUGCACCUUGUGCUGGGGACAAUAAAAGGCCACUAUAAAAUGUGCAGUUUUGUCACACAACACAAUGCCACAGAUGUCUGAAGUUUUGAGGGAGUGUGCAAUUGGCAUACUGACUGCAGGAAGGUCCACCAGAGCUGUUGACAGAUAAUUGAAUGUUCAUUUCUCUACCGUAAGCCGCCUCCAACGUCAUUUUAGAGAAUUUGGCAGUACGUCCAACCGGCCUCACAACCGCAGACCACGUGUAACCACGCCAGCCCAGGACCUCCACAUCCGACUUCUUUACCUACGGGAUCGUCUGAGACCAGCCACCCAGACAGCUGAUGAAACAGUGGGUUUGCACAACCGAAACAUUUCUGCACAAACUGUCAGAAACGGUCUCAGGGAAGCUCAUCUGCGUGCUUGUCGUUCUCACCAGGUUCUUGACCUGACUUCAGUUUGGUGUCAUAACUGACUUCAGUGGGAAAAUGCUCACCUUCGAUGGCCACUGGCACGCUGGAGAAGUGUGCUCUUCACGGAUGAAUCCCGGUUUCAACUGUACCGGGCAGAUGGCAUCGUGUGGGAGAGCGGUUUGCUGAUGUCAACGUUGUGAACAGAGUGCCCCAUGGUGGCGGUAGGGUUAUGGUAUGGGCAGGCAUAAGCUACGGACAACAAACACAAUUGCAUUUAUCGAUGGCAAUUUGAAUGCACAGAGAUACCGUGACGAGAUCCUGAGGCCCAUUGUCGUGCCAUUCAUCCGCCGCCAUCACCUGAUGUUUCAGCAUGAUAAUGCAUGGCCCCAUGUCGCAAGGAUCUGUACACAGUUCCUGGAAAUGAAAAUGUCCCAGUUCUUCCAUGGCCUGCAUACUCACCAGACACAGCACCCAUUGAGCAUGUUUGGGAUGCUCUGGAUUGACUUGGCCACAAUCAACAGCCUGAUCAACUCUAUGCGAAGGAGAUGUGUCGCGCCGCAUGAGACAAAUGGUGGUCACACCAGAUACUGACUGGUUUUCUGAUCCACGCCCCUACUUUAUUUUUAAGGUAUCUGUGACCAACAGAUGCAUAUCUGUAUUCCCAGUCAUUUGAAAUCCAUAGAUUAGGGCCUAAUUUAUUUAUUUAAAUUGACUGAUUUCCUUAUAAAUCACAUGCGCCGAAUACAACAGGUGUAGACCUUACAGUGAAAUGCUUACUUACAAGCCCUUAACCAACAAUGCAGUUUGAAGAAAAAUAAGUGUUAAAUAAAAAUAAUAGAAAAAUAGAAAAAUAACAAAUAAUUAAAGAGCAGCAGUAAAAUAACAGUAGCGAAGCUAUAUACAGGGGGUACCGGUACAGAGUCAAUGUGCUGGGGCACAGGUUAGUCAAUGUAAUUGAGGUAAUAUGUACAUGUGGGUAGAGGUAAAGUGACUGUGCAUAGAUAAUAAACAGAGUAGCAGCAGCGUAAAAAGAGGGUGUGGUGGGGUGGGGACAAUGCAAAUAGUCCGGGUAGCCAUUUGAUUAGCUGUUCAGGAGUCUUAUGGCUUGGGGGUAGAGGCUAUUAAGAAGCCUUUUGGACCUAGACUUGGCGCUCCGGUACCACUUGCCGUGCGGUAGCAGAGAGAACAGUCUAUGACUAGGGUGGCUGGAGUCUUUGGCAAUUUUUAGGGCCUUCCUCUGACACCGCCUGGUAUAGAAGUCCUGGAUGGCAGGAAGCUUGGCCCCAGUGAUAUACUGGGCCGUACGCACUACUCUCUGUAGUGCCUUGCGGUCGGAGGCCGAGCAGUUGCCAUACCAGGCGGUGUUGCAACCAGUCAGAAUGCUCUCGAUGGUGCAGCUGUAGAACCUUUUGAGGAUCUGAGGACCCAUGCCAUGUUAUAUGAACUAUAACUCAGUAAAAUCUUUGAAAUUGUUGCGUUUAUAUUUUGUUCAGUGGAUGUCUGUAUCUAUUUCAUGUCUGUAUCUAUUUCAUGUCUGUAUCUAUGUAAUGUUGUUGCACUUUAGGGACCACAAUGGAAAUAAGUCACUGACUAUCCCUGUCACUUUUUAAAAAAUUAUGUACUGUGUGUGUAUAUGUUUUUUUUUAAACUGGCAAAUAUAAUCAAUCAAUCAAAUGAGGGAGAACGUGAGAGAGAAAAGAAUGAAUAGUGAUUUGAGGCAAAAUUGUUUUGUGUUCUGCAUUGCUGCUUGCACCUGUCAGGUCGAGGCAAAUCAUCUCUACGCCUCAUAUAGAAUAGAGCAGUGUGUGAAGCAACACACACGCGGUCAGCCGCACACACCACGUGUUGCUCACAUGUAGCGCCUCAAGAGAGGUCACUUCACCGCCACCCGCAUACAGCCCAGCCCCUCCUCCAAACAAUUCUGCUUAAUAUGACACAUUUCUACGGAUUGUUAUGGUUUGGAAAAAAGGCUUUUAUUUAUCCACAACAGUAUUCAAUCACUUCUCUUUUAUUUAUCCACAACAGUAUUCAAUCACUUUUCUUUUAUUUAUCCACAACAGUAUUCAUUCACUUUUAUUUAUCCACAACAGUAUUAUUUCACUACUCUACUUGGAAUUGAUGCCCCAUUAAAUAUUAUGGAAAGUUCCAGGAAUUUCUCAAUAGCUGAUUUGCAACACGUUAUUUCUUCAUCAUAAGUCAUUGAUCAAGUAUUUGCUACUUGUUGGCUAUUUGCUUGUGGAUUUUUCCUGGAGAAGAACAGAGAAGGGAAAAGGAGAGUGACAGAGAUGCGAGAGAGCUAGAGAAGGGGAUUGAUUGUUUGAGAGAGAGAGAGAGAGAGAGAGAGAGAGAGAGUGUGUAACCUAUUACCAUGCUAAUUGAAUGACUAUCAGUAGAUCGGAAGGAAGAAUGAAUGGUCUGGUCAGGGGUGUGACAAAUGAAAUGCCUCUCUGCAAGGAAACUAGUACAGACCACUUAUACAUAGUCAUACAGAUGUUGGAUCUUAAUUUGAUCACCCUGCUGUUGAAGGAAAUGUCCUGCACAGCAGAUAAUGCUAACUUGUAGUGUAUUCAAGGUUUAAAAAGGCUUCCAAAGUCUAUAAUAUCCAAUUAAAAAUGUAUCAACCCCUACAUGUCCAUUCAUUAUAAUCCACACAAUAAUUCAAAUAUCCUGUUGUAGCAGGAUUAUUUUCCUGCUGUGAGAAACUGGUCAAAUGGAGAUCCUACAUCUGUAGCAUCCCUCUCAAGUCUGUUGUUGGUAUUUAAAUAAUACAUUGAUGUGCCAUAUCGAGGUAGAUGUCAAUACGCACAUACAUUGUGCUUUAUAAAUGUACAUAUCAAUAUAAAUGUUAUGCUUUGCGAUCAUGAUAUCACCAUUGGCACACCAUUGUUGUUUGCGAGACUGUAUUUUCAUGUUACGGUGCAGUAAUUGAAUCUUCCUCCCUACAUCCCUGCAGACAAGCAGAAUGAGUUGGAGUUACCGUGCCCCAUGGCCAAGACCAGAGAGCGAAAGAAGAGACCCCAUCACCAGACCCAGCAGGAGGGUCAGGGGACCUUGACCCAGAUCAGCGGGGUCCGGAAGCUCAGCCACACCGCUGGGCUCCAAGGCAGCAGCGUCAGCCGCUUUGGAGUCAAGACGGACCAGGAGGACCUGCUGUCUAAGGUACUGGGGGAGUCUGUACUAAUAAACACCAUAUGAGUCCCAUAUAGAAUAGGGAAUCAUGUCAUCUCUAUUCAUUCCAUUUCUCUCUGCAACAUGCAAAAUGUUUCACCUCAGUUAAUAAAACCCCAGAGGAGGUCUAUUCUAUUUUAAUUCAAUUUAGGAAAUGAAGGGAAAUUCAGAUUAAAGACUGAUUUGAAAAUAAAUGGCACUUUUUGAUUCAUGAAUUGAAAAUGUUAAUCUCUCUCUCAGGACCUUGAGGACAUCAACAAGUGGGGUUUGAACAUCUUCAGGGUGGCCGAGCACUCCCACAACCACCCGCUAACAUGCACCAUGUACACCAUCUUCCAGGUCAGUGUUCUUCCUCUUCUUCCUCCUCCUCUUCCUCAUCUUCCUCCUCUUCCAUGUACACCAUCUUCAGGGUGGCCGAGCACUCCCACAACCGCCCGCUAACAUGCACCAUGUACACCAUCUUCCAGGUCAGUGUUCUUCCUCUCUUCUUCCUCCUCCUCUUCCUCAUCUUCCUCCUCUUCCAUGUACACCAUCUUCAGGGUGGCCGAGCACUCCCACAACCACCCGCUAACAUGCACCAUGUACACCAUCUUCCAGGUCAGUGUUCUUCCUCUCUUCUUCCUCCUCCUCUUCCUCAUCUUCCUCCUCUUCCAUGUACACCAUCUUCCAGGUCAGUGUUCUUCCUCUUCUUCCUCCUCCUCUUCCUCCUCUUCCUCCUCUUCCAUGUACACCAUCUUCAGGGUGGCCGAGCACUCCCACAACCGCCCGCUAACAUGCACCAUGUACACCAUCUUCCAGGUCAGUGUUCUUCCUCUUCUUCCUCCUCCUCUUCCUCCUCUUCCGUUCCUGUCAGAAUGCAAUGGUUCUCCUGCAGACACACACACACACACACACACACCAGGGGUGAGUCGCCAGCACACAGCAGUGUAUAUCAGCUCUCUGUGUUUUCUUAAUGUGUCCUCAUCUUCUGGGUCAGUAGCUGAAUGAUCACUACUGUAGUAUGAACAUCUAGUCAUGAGGAUGAAUGGACUGUGACAAUGAAUUACUCAGCCAGCCAAGUCAAGCAAUUCAUACUCCUUUACAGUCUUUGCUUUGACAAUGUAAUGGCCUUCUUUAUUAUUUGGCCUACAUCUUGCUGUGACAAUGUAAUGGCCUUCUUUAUUAGUUGGCCUACAUCUUGCUGUGACAAUGUAAUGGCCUUCUUUAUUAGUUGGCCUACAUCUUGCUAUGACAAUGUAAUGGUCUUUAUUAGUUGGCCUACAUCUUGCUAUGACAAUGUAAUGGCCUUUAUUAUUUGGCCUACAUCUUGCUAUGACAAUGUAAUGGCCUUUAUUAGUUGGCCUACAUCUUGCUAUGACAAUGUAAUGGCCUUCUUUAUUAGUUGGCCUACAUCUUGCUAUGACAAUGUAAUGGCCUUCUUUAUUAGUUGGCCUACAUCUUGCUAUGACAAUGUAAUGGCCUUCUUUAUUAGUUGGCCUACAUCUUGCUAUGACAAUGUAAUGGCCUUUAUUAGUUGGCCUACAUCUUGCUAUGACAAUGUAAUGGCCUUUAUUAUUUGGCCUACAUCUUGCUAUUACAAUGUAAUGGCCUUUAUUAGUUGGCCUACAUCUUGCUAUGACAAUGUAAUGGCCUUCUUUAUUAGUUGGCCUACAUCUUGCUAUGACAAUGUAAUGGUCUUUAUUAUUUGGCCUACAUCUUGCUAUGACAAUGUAAUGGCCUUCUUUAUUAUUUGGCCUACAUCUUGCUAUGACAAUGUAAUGGCCUUUAUUAGUUGGCCUACAUCUUGCUAUGACAAUGUAAUGGCCUUCUUUAUUAGUUGGCCUACAUCUUGCUAUGACAAUGUAAUGGCCUUUAUUAUUUGGCCUACAUCUUGCUAUGACAAUGUAAUGGCCUUUAUUAGUUGGCCUACAUCUUGCUAUGACAAUGUAAUGGCCUUUAUUAUUUGGCCUACAUCUUGCUAUGACAAUGUAAUGGCCUUCUUUAUUAUUUGGCCUACAUCUUGCUAUGACAAUGUAAUGGUCUUUAUUAUUUGGCCUACAUCUUGCUAUGACAAUGUAAUGGCCUUCUUUAUUAGUUGGCCUACAUCUUGCUAUGACAAUGUAAUGGUCUUUAUUAUUUGGCCUACAUCUUGCUAUGACAAUGUAAUGGCCUUCUUUAUUAGUUGGCCUACAUCUUGCUAUGACAAUGUAAUGGCCUUUAUUAUUUGGCCUACAUCUUGCUAUGACAAUGUAAUGGCCUUUAUUAGUUGGCCUACAUCUUGCUAUGACAAUGUAAUGGCCUUUAUUAGUUGGCCUACAUCUUGCUAUGACAAUGUAAUGGCCUUUAUUAGUUGGCCUACAUCUUGCUAUGACAAUGUAAUGGCCUUUAUUAGUUGACCUACAUCUUGCUAUGACAAUGUAAUGGCCUUCUUUAUUAGUUGGCCUACAUCUUGCUAUGACAAUGUAAUGGCCUUUAUUAUUUGGCCUACAUCUUGCUAUGACAAUGUAAUGGCCUUUAUUAGUUGGCCUACAUCUUGCUAUGACAAUGUAAUGGCCUUUAUUAUUUGGCCUACAUCUUGCUAUGACAAUGUAAUGGCCUUCUUUAUUAUUUGGCCUACAUCUUGCUAUGACAAUGUAAUGGUCUUUAUUAUUUGGCCUACAUCUUGCUAUGACAAUGUAAUGGCCUUCUUUAUUAGUUGGCCUACAUCUUGCUAUGACAAUGUAAUGGUCUUUAUUAUUUGGCCUACAUCUUGCUAUGACAAUGUAAUGGCCUUCUUUAUUAGUUGGCCUACAUCUUGCUAUGACAAUGUAAUGGCCUUUAUUAUUUGGCCUACAUCUUGCUAUGACAAUGUAAUGGCCUUUAUUAGUUGGCCUACAUCUUGCUAUGACAAUGUAAUGGCCUUUAUUAGUUGGCCUACAUCUUGCUAUGACAAUGUAAUGGCCUUUAUUAGUUGGCCUACAUCUUGCUAUGACAAUGUAAUGGCCUUUAUUAGUUGGCCUACAUCUUGCUAUGACAAUGUAAUGGCCUUUAUUAGUUGGCCUACAUCUUGCUAUGACAAUGUAAUGGCCUUUAUUAGUUGGCCUACAUCUUGCUGUGACAAUGUAAUGGCCUUUAUUAUUUGGCCUACAUCUUGCUGUGACAAUGUAAUGGCCUUCUUUAUUAGUUGGCCUACAUCUUGCUAUGACAAUGUAAUGGCCUUCUUUAUUAGUUGGCCUACAUCUUGCUAUGACAAUGUAAUGGCCUUCUUUAUUAGUUGGCCUACAUCUUGCUGUGACAAUGUAAUGGCCUUCUUUAUUAGUUGGCCUACAUCUUGCUGUGACAAUGUAAUGGCCUUCUUUAUUAGUUGGCCUACAUCUUGCUAUGACAAUGUAAUGGUCUUUAUUAGUUGGCCUACAUCUUGCUAUGACAAUGUAAUGGCCUUCUUUAUUAGUUGGCCUACAUCUUGCUAUGACAAUGUAAUGGUCUUUAUUAGUUGGCCUACAUCUUGCUGUGACAAUGUAAUGGCCUUCUUUAUUAGUUGGCCUACAUCUUGCUAUGACAAUGUAAUGGUCUUUAUUAUUUGGCCUACAUCUUGCUGUGACAAUGUAAUGGCCUUCUUUAUUAGUUGGCCUACAUCUUGCUGUGACAAUGUAAUGGCCUUCUUUAUUAGUUGGCCUACAUCUUGCUAUGACAAUGUAAUGGCCUUUAUUAGUUGGCCUACAUCUUGCUAUGACAAUGUAAUGGUCUUUAUUAUUUGGCCUACAUCUUGCUAUGACAAUGUAAUGGUCUUUAUUAGUUGGCCUACAUCUUGCUAUGACAAUGUAAUGGCCUUCUUUAUUAGUUGGCCUACAUCUUGCUAUGACAAUGUAAUGGUCUUUAUUAGUUGGCCUACAUCUUGCUAUGACAAUGUAAUGGCCUUUAUUAGUUGGCCUACAUCUUGCUAUGACAAUGUAAUGGCCUUCUUUAUUAGUUGGCCUACAUCUUGCUAUGACAAUGUAAUGGCCUUUAUUAGUUGGCCUACAUCUUGCUAUGACAAUGCCAUUGCAAUUUAAACAAGACAAAGUCCAAGGGAAACCAAAGUCGGUCAUUUUAAGUUUAAGCAAAUUGAAAGGACCAUCAGGUUGAUGUUUUACUCAAGUUGCGGGUUACGUCCCGUGUGUGUCCCGUGCAGGAGCGAGACCUGAUGAAGAUGUUUAAAAUCCCUGCGGACACCUUCGUGACCUUCAUGAUGACCCUGGAGGCCCACUACCACUCAGACGUAGAAUACCACAACAGCCUCCACGCUGCAGACGUGGCCCAGUCCACACACAUCUUGCUCUCUACACCCGCUCUGGAUGUAAGUCACCUGACCCAGCUCGACCUAUGAUAGUGCUGUUUUCUCCUAUCUGUUUUCUUGUGUCUUCUCUCUACUCUGGAUCUCUCUUCUCUGUUUUCUUGUGUCUUCUCUCUACUCUGGAUCUCUCUUCUCUGUUUUCUUGUGUCUUCUCUCUACUCUGGAUCUCUCUUCUCUGUUUUCUUGUGUCUUCUCUCUACUCUGGAUCUCUCUUCUCUCCUCCCUCCUCUCCCUCUCUUCCUCCAAUCAUUGUCAGAGACCUAGCUCACAUCAGCCCAAUGAUAAAGCCCUUUAAGACCUCUGCUGUUGAAAUGCUUAGUGUUGAUUUUCAUCUAUCGGUUAUCCAGACAGAUCUUGAAUUACGACUCUGUUAUCUAGCAACCUGUCUUCUUGAUUUGUUUUGAAUAUGACGACUAAAGGGAGUGACUAACACCAUCUCACAUAGCAGACCUUAAAGUCAGAAUAAAUCAUGUAUACGAGCAAGUCACACCACUCCACUGAAAUAUGUCACCGCCACUCAACCUAGAUAUGUCACACAAUAAUGAGUUACUAGCAGAUGAAUGUGUUACUCUAUCUUGCCAAGCAGAAUUUUUACUGUCAAUGUGGAAAACUCAUCAAGUCUCUCCGGUUUCCUUUCCUUUCACUCCUCUGGUCCUGUCCAAUCAUAGGCCGUCUUCACGGAUCUGGAGAUCUUGGCGGCCAUCUUUGCGGCAGCCAUCCAUGACGUGGACCACCCUGGGGUCUCCAACCAGUUCCUCAUCAACACCAGUGAGUACUUUCUUCCUCAAAAGCUAGCAACAGUGAGUACUUUAUCCCUCAAAAGCUAACAACAGUGAGUACUUUAUCCCUCAAAAGCUAGCAACAGUGAGUACUUUAUCCAUCAAAUGCUAACAACAGUGAGUACUUUAUCCCUCAAAAGCUAACAACAAUGAGUACUUUAUCCCUCAAAAGCUAGAAACCGUGACUACUUUAUCCAUCAAAUGCUAAAAACAGUGAGUACUUUAUCCCUCAAUAGCUAGUACCAGUGAGUACUUUAUCCCUCAAGCUAACAGUGAGUACUUAAUCCCUCAAAAGCUAAAAACAGCGAGUACUUUCUCUCUCAAAAGAUAAAAACAGUGGGUACUUUAUCCCUCAAAAGCUAACAACAGUGAGUACUUUGUCCCUCAAAAGCUAACAACAGUGAGUACUUUGUCCCUCAAAAGCUAACAACAGUGAGUACUUUCUUCCUCAAAAGCUAAUAACAGUGAGUACUUUAUCCCUCAAAAGCUAACAACAGUGAGUACUUUCUUCCUCAAAAGCUAAUAACAGUGAGUACUUUAUCCCUCAAAAGCUAAAAACAGCGAGUACUUUCUCUCUCAAAAGAUAAAAACAGUGGGUACUUUAUCCCUCAAAAGCUAACAACAGUGAGUUACUUUGUCCCUCAAAAGCUAACAACAGUGAGUACUUUGUCCCUCAAAAGAUAACAACAGUGAGUACUUUCUUCCUCAAAAGCUAAUAACAGUGAGUACUUUAUCCCUCAAAAGCUAACAACAGUGAGUACUUUCUUCCUCAAAAGCUAAUAACAGUGAGUACUUUAUCCCUCAAAAGCUAACAACAGUGAGUACUUUGUCCCUCAAAAGCUAACAACAGUGAGUACUUUAUCCCUCAAAAGCUAACAACAGUGAGUACUUUGUCCCUCAAAAGCUAACAACAGUGAGUACUUUGUCCCUCAAAAGCUAACAACAGUGAGUACUUUCUUCCUCAAAAGCUAAUAACAGUGAGUACUUUAUCCCUCAAAAGCUAACAACAGUGAGUACUUUAUCCCUCAAAAGCUAACAACAGUGAGUACUUAUCCCUCAAAAGCUAAUAACAGUGAGUACUUUGUCCCUCAAAAGCUAACAACAGUGAGUACUUUCUUCCUCAAAAGCUAAUAACAGUGAGUACUUUAUCCCUCAAAAGCUAACAACAGUGAGUACUUUAUCCCUCAAAAGCUAACAACAUUGAGUACUUUAUCCUUCAAAAGCUAAUAACAGUGAGUACUUUAUCCCUCAAAAGCUAACAACAGUGAGUACUUUCUUCCUCAAAAGCUAAUAACAGUGAGUACUUUAUCCCUCAAAAGCUAACAACAGUGAGUACUUUCUUCCUCAAAAGCUAAUAACAGUGAUUACUUUAUCCCUCAAAAGCUAACAACAGUGAGUACUUUAUCCCUCAAAAGCUAACAACAUGGAGUACUUUAUCCUUCAAAAGCUAAUAACAGUGCUGAAUUCAUAAGCUCUGCUACUUUAGUACUACGUUAUGUUAUCCUUUACUAUAUAAUUGGUUGUAUUUUAUCCCUUCCAUUUUUCCCUAUUGUUUCUAAUGGUCAUCUUUCUGUCUGUCCCCUUGGAGUCUCUGUAUUUUUAUCUCUCUGUCCUCUGUAUAUCGAUAUUUAUAAUAUAUAAUGUAUAUAGGAUGAGAUUAUAAAUAUAGUAUAUAGCUAUGAUGAGAUAUAUAUAUAUAUAACUUAGCUAUAUAAUAUCUCUAUCUGGAUUAUCUCUAUUCUAUUUCUCUCUAUCUCUCUUCUAUGUUAUCUCUCGCUCUCUAUCUCUCUCUAUCUUCUCUUCUCUUCUCUCUUCUCGGGUCUCUCGUCUCUCUCUCUCUCUCUCUCGUCUCUCCUGUCUCUCUCUCUCGCUUCUCUCUCCUCUCUCUCUCUCUCUCUCUAUCUCUCUCGUCUCUCUCUCUCUGUCUCUCUCUCUCUCUCUCUGUCUCUGUCUCGUCUCUGUCUCUGUCUCUCUCUCUCUGUCUCUGUCUCUCUCUCUCUCUGUCCAGACUCAGAGCUGGCCCUGAUGUACAACGAUGAGUCGGUCCUGGAGAACCACCACCUGGCUGUGGGCUUCAAGCUGCUGCAGGAAGACAACUGUGAUAUCUUCCAGAACCUGACCAAGAAAGAACGCCAGUCCCUCAGGAGGAUGGUCAUAGACAUGGUGAGAGAACGUCUCGGUUCUGACCAAACAUAUUUCAUUCUGAUGUCAGAUUCAUACGAGUCUCCGACUGUUGGUCGGUCUGUCGGUCGGUCCAGUUUUCUAUCCCUGUCUCAAUUCAAUUCGAUAAAUUAGGUUUCUUGGCAUCAUAGAUCACAAAUCAUAUAUUACUGAAACAUAAACAUGUAUAAAUCACUAACAACAAUCUCUCUCUCUCCAGGUACUGGCCACUGACAUGUCCAAACACAUGAGCCUAUUGGCUGACCUGAAGACCAUGGUGGAGACCAAGAAGGUGACCAGCUCUGGAGUGCUGCUGCUGGACAACUACACAGACAAAAUACAGGUAGGAGAUCACACACACACACACACACACACACACACACACACACACACACAACCAAACUUACACAAUCCUCUCUCCUCCCCUCUCUUCCAGGUGAUGCGUAACAUGGUUCAUUGUGCUGACCUCAGUAACCCCACCAAGUCUCUGGAGCUGUACCGCCAGUGGACCGACCGCAUCAUGAACGAGUUCUCCCACCAGGGAGACCGGGAGAGGGAGAGAGGCAUGGAGAUCAGCCCCAUGUGUGAUAAGCAUACGGCUUCAGUGGAGAAGAGCCAGGUAGGUUACUAAUACAUGUAGAGGGAAUAUACACACACACACACACUCAUACGUACCGUACUCACACUGCUCGCAUACACACACACACACACACCCUACACACACAUACAUACUGCUUGCAUACACACGCACACACACACACUCAACCCCCUCUAUUGCGGUUAUUACAGUAUCUAUCUUUAAAUCUCACACCCUCCUCUCCUUUCUCCCUCUCUCCAGGUGGGCUUCAUCGACUACAUCGUCCACCCUCUGUGGGAGACGUGGGCCGACCUGGUGCACCCUGACGCUCAGGACAUCCUGGACACCCUGGAGGACAACAGGAACUGGUACCAGAGCAUGAUCCCCCAGAGCCCCUCUCCCCCCUUCUACACCAGCGACGGAGAGGUGGAUGGAGAGGGAGGACACAGGUUCCAGUUUGAGCUGACGCUAGAGGAUGAACAGGAUGAGGAUGGCCAGAUAGGAGUGGAGGAGGGCGAGAGAGGGACGGAAGGGGGGUGGUCGCCAGUUGACCAGGGUGGAGUGUAGAUGAACACACGUGGAGCUUCCCCCACAUAACGAGCCGUGACCCGCGAUCUUCAUAAAUGGAAGCAUCAGUUUUAGGUUGUGUUUCACGUUUUGUUUUUCUUGCAGUGGAGGAAUCCUGCAAUCUGGCUCUUUGGAGCUGCUCUGCUUGUGCGCGAGGGCCUGACUGGCUUUGGGCCCCUGUAG